GCCGAUAUCGGAGAGCAAGCCAGCACGUGCUUCCAGCGGUGUUCAUCCUCUCACCAAACCCUCCUGCCCGAUCGCAGAGUCAUCUGUCGAAGUCGAUGCAAAACGAUUCAAACCGAUCACGCUGGUUCACGUCGAUCCGCACUUUUACUCUGAUCGUUGAUAAGUACGGACGUUCAAACGUAUAGCUCGCGCUGGAAGAAUUUCUUGAGUUCGUUUUAAAGUGCCAAAAGCGGGUCAAGUCGUUGAUUUUCGGUUGCGGAACGGGUAGAUUCGCGUAGUGGGCAGCGUAGCCGUUACGGUGAUAUAAGAUACAAGUGGAUCGUGAUCGUUACAAGUGAAAUAUUUCAAAAGAACGGCGUUUAGCGCGAAGUAGCGAUGCCGUCUUGAACCAAGUGAUCGACAGGCGUUAUAUAUUAGGAAUCAACCCACGUGAUCUCGUCCAAAAAGCCUAAAACCCGCAAAAUUUCCCCUCAAAACCCAGAAUUUUGAGUCAGCCAUGCGAAUAGGCUGGCUUGUUCUAGCGCUUUCAAGCGCUCACUUUGCAAUAAUUAGCACUGCCAGCCGUAACGCUACUGAUAACGAUGAACUGUGGACGCUUCUGCUGAACGGAAGACUUGACCAGAUCAAAACAAAAACAGCGGCAGAGGUCAGACCCGCGGUCAGCGCGUCGUCGUCGGAGGAGGAGCCGGCCGUCCAUUCACAAACGGGUAGCGUCGAAGACGAUGACGCCGCCGCAGCCGAUAAGGCUACGAUCUUCGACGAUGAACAGCUGUUUGGCGGUGUUCAGGACACCAGCAAAGAGAAGCCCGUAGGUGACGAUAACGAGGCGACUGUGUCAACAGCGGCGCUGUUUGAUGAGGCGUUUGCGUCCUCCGGCGACGGAGAAGGUGGCGAAGAGCUGGACGAUAAGGAUGGAAUGCAGGCUGAUGCCGGUGGCGGGAUGGAUGACGAGAUCUUCGAUGUUUUGCGCAGACAGCCGGCGUCACGUGAGGUGCUGGGAUUGCUCGGGCUGUUGAAGGAGCGUAACAAAACGGAAGACAUGAUGCAGAAGCUGAAGAACGUUGUGCGGCCGAUGUCCGAACGGAUCGCCGAUGGGCUUCCGAGCAUUUUGGAGGAUAAGGAGGUGCCAGCGGAACCUAGUGAACCAGUACAAGCAGAAUCACUGGUGUCGGACAGUGCUCAUUUGCCUCCGGUUACGAAUAUCCUGAUCCCCAAACUUGGCGAGAAGCUGGCCACUAUUCGCAAAAGUUACGAAGCCCCUGCCGACGGUCAACGUAGUUUGGUGAUCGUGUUCGACGCAACCGGCUCCAUGCUGGACGAUCUGCACCAACUGCGAGAAGGUGCCAAGCUGAUCAUCGACGAGAUCACCCAGCUGAAGAACAACCCAAUCUACAACUACGUGUUCGUUCCGUUCCGCGAUCCUCAAGUAGGGCCCCGACUCGUCACCCGUAACAAGGAUGAACUACUGCAAGCGCUGGAGAACCUUCAAAUCUACGGCGGUGGUGACUGUCCGGAGAACGCCAUGGCCGCUCUAUCCGAUGCGAUCGAGGCUUCACUACCGAACUCCUUCGUGUACGUGUUCACCGAUGCUACCGCCAAGGAUUUCAAGCUAGAUCAGCGAGUUUUGCGACUGGUUCAGCAAAAACAAACUCCCAUAACUUUCCUGUUGACUGGCUUCUGCGAUGGUCGAGACACGCCCGGUCAUGAAGUCAUGCGGGACAUCGCCGCGGCAAGCAAUGGUCAAAUCAUCGAUCUCAAAAAAGAUCAAAUUGAACAGGUUCUCGUGAGCAUUAAAGGCAUGCUGGAUAUCGAUCACGUCCCAUUGAAAGCGGUGGACUCAAAGCAAGGAGAAACUCAUGACAUUGACCUGAACGUGGAUGGUACCUUGAAGGAGUUUAGCGUGUCCGUCUCCGGUCACCGACCGAGCAUCGAAAUCAUCGAUCCUCACCAAGUCCCUUACAACAACACCAAAUCCGUACUAGACCUAGAGAACAUCAAAGUCGUAAACGUGGCCGGACCUUCCCCAGGCAAGUGGAACAUCAAAGCUGGUUCCAACUCGUCGAACUCGGUUCGACUCUCCGGCAACAGUGACGUCAAGUUCAACUUCGGCUUUUCCCCGUCCAAACCGAACUCCAUCGAAGCCCUAUCCCGACAACCGGUACUAAACGUGGACAACGUACUCACCGUCCAUCCCUCCCAGCCGAACCUCGUCGGCAACCUAUCCCACGUAACCAUCGACUCGCACGACACCAACCAACUCGGCGCCACCAACUUCAAGUUCAACCUCAAGCUGCACCCUCACCAGCUCGCAGACUCAACACCCGUCUUCAUCACCCCCGCGUUCAAAACGCCCCGCCAAAAGUUCAAGAUCUCCGUCGCCGGCAGCGACUCCAGCGGAAACCCGCUCGAUCGGCUGAUUUCCACAGCUAUCCAAGCGGUCGGGCUGACCGUGCCGGAAAUGUCGCUGGAUAUCGCCGACGUCGAGCUGCUCGAGGGGGACAGCCUGAAGAUCAGCUGCCGCGCGGACUCGUCAUCCACCAUGCUGGUCCAGUGGAAGCGCUUCGAUCGACUGCUUGCGGAGAGCAGCUUUGACUCGACAGGUGUUCUGGACCUUGCGCUGAGCAACGUUACCACGAAACACUCCGGACGGUACACGUGCCGUGCGGCGAACAGCGUAGGCGAGCAGGAAAUCGUGGCCAGCGUUAAGGUGUCGCCGCGUCCCGAGCCGGAAGUCGGAGUCUACCCGAAGGAUAUUGUAGCGUUUGAGGGGGAGCGUAUGUUGUUCUUGCGGUGCAUCCUGAAGAACAUUGACAGCUCGGCGAGCGUGGUUUGGAGUCACAACGGGAACAAGCUGAACCACGCGCUCGGGAAGGAAUACCUGGAGAUUCACAACAUAACCUCCAAGGACGAUGGCUCGUACGAGUGUCGGGUGGAGUCCAAUGGACGCAUUCACUGGGAUUCAACGCGGUUGAGUGUGGAGUAUGGUCCAAAGGCGCCGAACGCUCCACUCAUGGUAACGGCGCCUUACGGUCAACCCCUGACCGUUGAGUGCGGCUUAUCGGGGAACCCGCAGCCAGCGGUCUCGUGGAGCUUCCAAUCGCUGGAAGAUUCCGAGGAGCAAGCUCUCAUGGUAACGGACUUUAACCUGUCGCUGCCGGCGGUAACGCCGGACGUUGAAGGUUUCUACACCUGCGAAGGUAGCAAUCGUCACGGUAGCGCUAAAAGCGUGGUCUUUGUGCGAGGGGAUGCCAAUGAUCCUCCGAAAAUCCCGAAGCCCGAAGAGCAGAUCCUGUACGUCAAACCGGGAGCAAAGGUCGUCCUGAACUGUUCGUGUGACCUGUGCCAGCCGUUGAGCGAGUAUAUCUGGACAAAUGGUCGGCUCACGUUCGAGAGUAGUGCGUACGAGGUGCAAGGCAACGUCCGGGUGUAUCUAAAUGUCGAGCAAUCUCGGAACGCCAUCCAGUAUCGGCUGACGAUCGAUGACUUUGGUCCGGAGGACCAGGGAAGCUACAGCUGUAUCCUGUCGAAUGCCCACGGAGCGGAUAGCAUCGUGACCGAAGUGCGCCUGAUGGAGACUCCACAGGUAGACGGAGUGCUGGUGAACGAUAACCCCUCUUCGAUUGGGGUAGAGUUCAUCGGGUUGGAAGAUUCCGUGAACUACCUGACGUGUGACGCUACCGGCCUUCCGGAACCGAAAAUCCAAUGGUUCGUGAACGAGACCGCACUCAACGAUGAUCAACCGUUUACGCUGCUGAACGAUAACAAAACGCUGUUUUUGAUUGAAGUCUUUGAUCAGAGCUACGCUGGAAAGUACUCCUGUGUCGCUUCCAAUCCAAUGGGAUCGUCAACUGGUGAGCUAUCCUUGCUGUACGGAAGUGCUCCAGCAUUAAACAGUCAGCCACCUUCCACCAUGAACGUAGAGGUUGGUGAUCGCGUAGCUCUAGAUUGCGAAAUCACCGGCUAUCCAAAACCCAGCAUUGAUUGGUACUUUAAUGAUCGUCCGCUUUACACCAGCGAGGUUUCGUUCGUAGCCAAUCUCGAUCACUCCGGACUGUACACAUGCAAUGCAAGCAACACCUUUGGACAGCUCUCGUCUACCACGAUGGUUCUGGUGCACGGCAAGCCACAGUUUGAAGUCGGAUCUCCAGAAGAUGCAGCGAUCGCGGUUUCCAAGCAACAGAACGUUACCCUGCAGUGCAUCGCUACCGGAUUCCCGAAGCCCAACAUCACUUGGAGCUUCGAAGGUAACACGAUCAACUCGCCGUCGAACGCGAUCGAGAGCGAAACAACGCUCACGAUCACGAACAUAUCAGCGCUGAAUCAGGGAUCGUACGUUUGCUACGCGGAAAAUGCGCUUGGGAGUGCUCAGAAGGUGUACUACCUGCUGGUUAAAGAACCACCGAAGAUCACUGCGACGCAUCCAACGCAAGUUCAGCUCCUCCCAAAUCAGAAGAUUCUACUAGACUGCGCCGGUAACGGUAACCCACCACCGCUUGCCACCUGGACCAAAAACGGGACACCUAUCCGUACCAACACUUCGCUAGAAUUGUCCCACACAGCUGAAUCGUCCGGAAACUACACCUGCACUUUGGAAAACGUUGAAGGCACUGACAGUCAUACGACAGAAGUGAUCGUAAUCGAUCCUCCAAGGAAAGCGGCGAAUAUCACCGCAGGAGAUCAACCCAUCCAAACCAAGAUCAACACCCCGCUAACGCUCGUCUGCCCGUUCGACAACUACGACAGCUUGCUCUGGCAGCUGAACGAGCGCAAUCUGGACACCUACCUGGACCUGACCGACGUCCGCCUCCUCCAGAACAUCCUCCAAAUCGAAAAACUCCGCCAAGCUCACCAGGGCACGUACACCUGCUUCGUGGAGAACCCCGCUGGUCGCAACAACCACUCGUUCGUGGUGGGCAUCCUGUCACCUCCCACCAUUCAGCAAGCGGACCCAGAACUAGCGGAAUCGGAGCAGCAGCUCCAGCCGGUAGCGGAGGUUAGUCUGCUUAGCGGCGAGCAGCUUCGGCUGGUGUGUCAUGCCAGCGGGUCACCACCGCCGGCUAUUACGUGGAACCGGGACAAUGCCGUGCUAACGCGGGGAAGUGAGCUGGCGAUUGAAAGCGUGGACUCGCACCAUACUGGACUGUAUACUUGUGUGGCGGAGAACGAUCUUGGGGUAGCGAGAAAGGUGUACCGAUUGGACGUGAUGAGUUCGCCGCAGCACUGGGGAGAUCCGACCGCCUUUGUUGAGGUUUUCAAGGAUGAAGACUUGAGGUUGGAGUGUGGGAUGCAUGCCAAUCCACCGGCCAGCAUUCAGUGGAGCAAGGAAAAUGAAAUUUUGGACGAGUUCGAAGAAGUUCUAGAACUUAAUACGAUCCAGCCUCAGGACUCCGGGUUGUACACAUGCGAAGCGGAGAACAUCUUUGGAACAGCGGAGAAGAAGUACCACGUAACGGUGUAUCAACCCGCUGAGAUCACCUCUUUCCCGCCGAAUCAAACCGUCAUAGCUGGAACCGUCUUCGCGUUGGAGUGCGAAGCAGUCGGCAGUCCGCUGCCGAUCGUCAGCAUCAUCCACAAAGGAGAAAUCCUGGCAUCGUCCGCGGAUCUCGAAAUUGACGGCAUGCUGCUCGAUCAGUCGUACCGGGUCAAGUCAAAGCCGUACGCGCUCCAGACGCAGCAGUUCCUGGCAACGAAGCUGUCCCAGUACGAGCUGCGACUGAGCCUAUCCCAAGCGAACGUUGCGGAAGGUUCCGCCGGGAAGUAUCUCUGUCUGGCGCAGAAUGCCGUCGGAUACGACGAGCGAUCGUCGAAGGUGAUCGUUUACGUGCCACCUUUCGUUCAGCUGAACAAGCUGAAAGCAGCUCGCAACUUCGCCAUCCUGGAAGGUCUCCCGCUGUACCUGUUCUGUCCGAUUGGAGGCUACCCGAAGCCAGCGCUGAGUUGGUUCCGCAACGGGAAGCCCAUCAAGUUCAACGGUCAAACGCUGUUCAUGUCGGCGACAACCCGCAAGGAUCAAGGGAACUACACCUGCCUGGGAGAAAACUCCGUCGGUAAGGCCGAGUUGAGCUUCUCGGUAGGUAUCCUGAUUCCUCCGACGAUGAUCAACAGCGUGGUGGUCAGCGAUGACGAGGUGGCCGACGAACCGGAGCAGGAAGAGAUCUCCAUUCUGAAAGGAGACAACGUAACGCUCGACUGUGCCAGCCUUGGAAACCCCAAGCCGGAAAUAUUCUGGACCAAGGUGGUGUACUUGGACGAGAAGCUCAACGAGCAGCUGGCGGACAAGGACGCCGUGCUCGAGCUGUACAACAUCGAGUCCACCUCGACGUACUCCUGCUACGUCAACAAUACGGCAGGAGCCACGCAAAAGCUGUUCCACAUCGUGGUGCAAUCUCCGCCACGGUUCAAGACCAUCGAGUACGACCCGAAGCCGGCCGUCUCGUGGCACCACAGUUUGGAUCUGAACUGUGAGCUGGUGGGGGUUCCGGAAGCGGAAGUGCAGUGGACCAAGGACGAUGUGGUGGUGGCUGGUGGUCAGGGGAAGGGACUCUUCCUGGCCUCGAAUGGACAUGUGCUGCGCAUUUCCAGCGCUCGUGACAGCGAUGGUGGCCAGUACAAGUGCGUUGGACGCAACCUGCACGGCCAGGUCAGCCGAGAGUUUUUGGUAAUCAUUGAAGUCCCGGUCAGCUGGUCCCCGUGGGGUGACUGGAGCGCGUGCAGCGCCACCUGCGGCAAGGGAACGCAGUUCCGGUCGCGCAUCUGCCUGCUUCCGAGCGGAUCGCCGGCCCACGGACACCAGUACAACUGCGAGGGCGAAAACGUGCAGGUGAAGAACUGCGAGAUGCUACCGUGUCCGGUGAACGGCGGCUGGAGCGCGUGGACCAGCUGGAGCAACUGCUCGCUGGAGUGCGUUACGGAGUACUCGGGGUUGAGGUCGGUGCGGUUCCGCAACAGGAAGUGCGACUCUCCGGCACCGUCGCUCGGCGGGAAGGCUUGCGUGGGGGAGGAGUACGAAGAGGAGGUUUGCAGUGUGAAGUUCUGCCCGACGGACGGGGGUUGGACGCCGUGGACCAAGUGGACGCCGUGCAGCGAAACGUGUGGCUUUGGGCGGACGCUUCGCUGGAGGAGCUGCGUGAAUCCGGCACCUCGCAAUGGUGGACUGCCGUGCCAGGGGUCGGAGAGUGAGAUCAAGAUCUGCAAAGAGCGGGAGUGCAUCGUUGAUGGCGGGUGGUCCGAGUGGAGUCCGUGGUCCAAGUGUAGCAAGACGUGCGGUGUUGGAGUUCGCAGCAGGAAGCGGACGUGCGACAAUCCGGAACCGAAGAACGGAGGUCGCGAGUGUGAGGGAGAGAACGUCGAGCUGGAGAAGUGUUCUUCGAAGUCUUGCCGGAACGAUGCGCUGGUGAAACACAUUCAGCGGGAUAACAAGCGCAAGUUCUCUCCACUUCUAACGUACGAGUCGAAGUAUCCAGUCGAUGGAGACAGCGACUACGAGGAUCAACCAAAUGAACCGCAAAAGUUCAAGGUUGUUCGCAACUUUGAGUUCGCCGAGACGCCUCCGGUCGAGUACGUCGAUGGACCUGUGGUGGAGUCCGACCUUGAAGAUCUGGACGAAGGUCACCACCAAAUUACGGUAAGUUUGAAGAACACCGUCAACCUGACACAGGACACGGCCGCGUACAACCUGAACUUUGGUGGAAGGACCAACUCAGUGGAGUACGUUUGCGCUACCGGAAUGGUGUUCAACGAGACGCUCAGACGGUGCGUGGACGUGAACGAGUGCGAAACCGGCGAGCACCGCUGCACCGAACUCGGACAGAUCUGCGUCAAUACCAACAGUGGGUACGAGUGCCUCUGCAUGGAGGGCUUCCGUAUGACCCAAGGAGGACGCUGCACGGACAUCAACGAGUGCCGCGAGGACAGUCACGAGUGCUCGCACUUUUGCGUCAACAACCCCGGCGGGUACGGCUGUCUCUGUCCUGCAGGUCACUUGCUGGCCGCCGACGGAAAGACUUGCACCAGGAGACGAACCCGCGAGGAGCCAGCGUUCAGCAUCAUGAACUACGAGACGAACUGUCCGGAAGGUUAUCAGCUCGAUGGGAACAAAUGCUUGGAUAUUGACGAAUGCGCGCUCAAGGAAGACGAGUGCAACGAGGAGCAAUCCUGCCUGAACACCAAGGGAUCGUACCUUUGCGUACCAACGGCUUGUCCGGAAGACUACGAUACCGACAUCCUGCUCAACCAAUGCUACCGGGACUGCCGGGAAGCGUACGACCUCACCUGCCCGGACGGUGCCCUCGUCGAGCAAACGCUCACCUACAAGGUAAUCUCGCUGAAGCGUUUCAGCGCGAAGCAACCCAUCGCGGUGCUGUCCAUUCCGGCCUUCCAGCACGCCACCAUGAGCACCAACUUCUCGUUUCUCGAGCGGACGUACGAGCACGUGUUUGCGCUGGAAAAGACGCCACAGGCGUCCGCGAACGGAGGAGCGGUCUACCUGUACGCGAAUCGAAAGUUCCAGCGGGGCAAGAUCUACAAGCUGAAGGUGGUGGCGCGUGCCUUUGGCGUCGAGUCCGGCACGAUGGACUACGUGCACCGGUUCGUGGUGUACGUGCACUGUGUGGAGUGAGUUUUUUAGGGAGGGAUUGGGUAGGAUUAGUUGAAUACUCAUAUUGUAUACGUCGAAUUUCAUUUAUAUUGACAUUAUGACGAAUGGAUGUUCAACUUAUUAAGAAAGAAAUUUUCUUUGUUUUUCUACGAUAUUAUAAUUAUACGAUAAUAACAGGAUGGCUCAAAUCUCAUUUUCGAAUCGGGUCCUAAAAUUAAGCCAAAAUUUGUGAGCCCAGUUAGCGAGCAGCCUUCGGUGACGAACAAAAACUGUACUGCCCAUGUUUGCCCACCUUUGAAAAUAUUUUUGAAAAGCUACUAAAACCUGGGCGCUGAAAAGUGGUUCGCAAAACGGCCUCAAUUUUGAACUGUCAAAGUGGAACCAAUUUACUUGUUAUCGACCAUGAUUUUUUGUUUACACGAAUGCAAAAUGUGUGGCUUUUGAGCACCUCGAGUUGAAGUCAAGAAAGUUGAAGGCGAGAUUGUCAUUUUAAAAAAAUAAGUGUAAGUUGUUUAUCGAGUGGAUGCGGUUGUAUCCAUCCAGAAGCUGACUUUAUUGUUUGAUUCUGUUUGAAAACCUGGUUUAGUAACUCUGUUUGUUGGAUCAUCUUCGCUAGAAUUAGCAGCAGGAUUCCAAAAUCAGCCAGGGAAUUUAUCUGCGAUAUCACAGAAUGACACUCUCGCCGCAGUUCUUCGUCAUCCUUAAAAAAGAAAAAAAUCUAACCGAUCGAAACGCGACAAUU